AUGGACAAUACUAACCCCACUCUCCCAUUAGCUACGGUGCAGAAGAUUAUAACGGAGAUCCUGCCGCCCUCCUCUGGCCAGACCUUUGCGAAGGAUGCCCGGGACCUGCUCAUCGAAUGCUGCGUCGAGUUUAUCACACUGAUAUCAUCCGAGGCCAACGAGAUCAGCGAGAAGGAGGCAAAAAAGACAAUCGCCUGUGAACACAUCGAAAAGGCACUCACAGACCUUGGUUUUGGAGACUAUGUCCCUGAUGUGCUUGCGAUUGCCGAAGAGCAUAAAGAGCAACUUAAGACUCGAGAGAAGCGGACAAAUAAGAUAGACCAGAGCGGCAUGUCACACGAAGAGCUACUACGGCUCCAGCAAGAGCUCUUCCGCUCAGCUGGAGAAAAGUACAAUUCGGGGAGCUAA